AUGACCCAGUCCUCAACCCGUGCUCGGCCUCGCCGUGGCCCUCGAGUCCGGUAUCCGAACGACGAUAGCGACACCGAUGACCUCCAUGAGUUUACCCCCAAGCCUCGUCCUCGCCGAGCUGCCCGUCGAGUACGUACAUACCGAGAAUCGAGUGAUGACGACAAGGACAGCAAUACGGAUUCUUCGUCGGAUGAAUCAGAUUCUCAAUCGACCUCCCACGCGAGUGUUCAUCCUCAAAGAAGUGCGAGAUCAGUGCCACCCGCACAGAGGCAGCCAUGGCCAUCGAAGAGAAAAUCGGAGGCUACACGUCUGCCUGAAACGAACAAGCGACAAAAAACGUCGUCUUCCAACAGAAGCCGAGCCCCAGUGAAUACGAAACGUGUAUUUAAAUCGUACAAACAACAAAAGUCUUCCUCCAGCAACGACAACAGCAACCGAAGCCAGAUCAGUGCGAAAGGCUCUUUUGACACGCGGUCCACGUUCGACAACCAGCGGAUCCCUCCAUGGCAACAACUCCCGUAUCACGUUCUUGUGAGCAUCAUGCAAUAUGCUGCCUAUCCACUCUACGGCCCGACAUCGCGAGCACAACCCUCAAUCAGCUGGCUGUGCAAAACAGGGGCGUUGUGUCGUGCCUUCCAUGAGGCCUGCACAGCAGCUUUACUUUAUUGCCCUCCUCUGUACCCGUCAUGGAGAGCUCGCAGUCUCAUCGCGUUGCUGGAACACGAUUCCAAGUCACUUUCGACAGAUUACCGGAAGAAGAUCCAUUUCCUCGACAUUGAAGUCAAACAGCUUCUUGUCAAGAAAAGUGGCAUCUCGAUGGAUAAGCUGAUUUCUAUGACACCUCUGCUGCAAGGUUUAAGACUCUACUCCAAUUAUGAUGAUCUCACAACUGUCAUAUGGGCACAGCCAGCAGCGAAGAGCAUCAAGUGGAGUUAUCCGACGGAGCUUUUGGGACGUUUCGAGACUGAUAAUCUCUUGAUGAGAAGCUUUGAGUGGAACGGAAGGUUUCCAAAUGCAACCGACGUCCUCAAGAUGGCAGUGGAGGCUCACUCCAGACACUCUUUCAGCCGCUUGCAGGAUCUCACCUUUCUCAACCUGAGUCUGCCUGACAAGGCCAAGGAAGCAGAUAGUCUCUACGCGCACAACUUACUUGCCGGCGUACUGAGCAGCGUGCCUGAGUUGCAGUCUUUGUCAUUUCGAAAUUGCGGCAUCGUGGACAAAGCCACUAUGCCCAUGCUUCCGCCUGGACUCCUGCGCUUGGAAUUGACAAAUUGUCCCAAUCUGACUUCUGACGCUCUGGAGGACUAUUUGACCCGCGCUUCCACGCUCCGAGUCCUCAAACUUGACGGCAACCAGUCCAUGGAUCUAGGUUUCAUGGCCAACCUCCAAGCUCUGUGCCCUCGCUUGCAACACCUAGAGAUCGACAUGCUCUACAUAGAUCCUACUUCCUUCCGCGACCGCGAGCCGCUCUACGACGAGUUACUGCCCAAUGGAGCUCCUACUUGGCCUACCUACCUCGCUAGCAUCUCUAUCGAAAAUAUGCGUCAGUUGACACAAGAAGACGCAGAAGAAUUUCUUGCUUCGCUGGUGGAAUCUUCGGAGCAUCUGCCGCAUCUCAGGAGGCUCAACAUCAAGGCGAUUUUGAAAGGCGCCAGCUGGCGCGAGCGUGCGAAGUUCCGACAGAAGUGGCUGCCCAAGCUAGAGAAUGUCUUUCUCAAUACUGAAGAACCUUCCAAUGUCGGGGGCAAGUUUUCGAAAAAGACACCCUCGGCGUCACAGCGGCAGAGCUCGCGAAUAGCAAACGGUCAUCUCAAGAAGCUCAGUCUCGGCGACACCACCGAGGACAGCGAUGCGCCAGCUCUGGAUGCUAUCCAAGGUAGAUGUGAUGUGGUCAACCUUGUAAUCUCAGACCAACGACCGGCCGAAACACAGUACCACGAAAAUGACUUCCUUGAUAGUGAACCAAGCGAUGAUCCAGAGUGGCGGGAACACAAUAACCAGCAGGCGUUGGAUGAUUACGCCUGGUGA